AUGCGGGGAAAACUUGCGACACCGAAUGAUGAAUGGGGGGGGUGGCCGUCGGAGCGAUGGCAGGACCCCCCCAUCGUUUUCUCCUCGCAGGAGGUCUGCAUCGCCAGCGGCAAGAGGGCGGGCCCCAGCGACUUUUCGCACUGCCCCACGCCCCAGAGCUACGUGAGGUGUGGGCCGCACCACAGGGCGGAGCUGUGCGUGCUGGGGAAGGAGGAUAUCUCGCAACUCCACGACAUAUGGUGGCGUUACAAGGACGACCUCACGUGGCCCUGGUACGAGAAGAAGCCGCAGUUUGACGACGCCGAUUUCGACGCGUUCCGAGAGAUAGCCGAGAAGGUGAAGGACGCCAUGGUCCAAGAGUUCGGAGAGCCGAUGGUAUUGGACCAGGCGACCAUCAGCAACACCAAUCAUAUAGGCCAUCCGCCACAUGCGGACAACGUGCAAUUUGAUUCUGUUUGGUGGGAAGGCAAGAGGAUCCGGAGCGAGGACGAAGUUAUCGCGGCCCGGGAAGGCGCGUACGUCUUGUGGAGACCCGAGAAGACUUCGUACAGGAGCUACAGCUGCACCGUGUCGCUGACAGACCCCAGCAACUUCGAGGGUGGUGAGGUGCAGUUCUUCAAGCAGUGGGGCGAUUCGGAGCCUGUGGCGAGCUACAAGUGCGCCGAGGGUUGCGGCGUGGCCUUCUGCGGCUGCCAGCGGAACAUACACGCGGUCACCGGCGUGCGGAGCGGGUUUCGCCUCGUACUCCUGGUCUGGACGCGGCCGCCUCACGUGCGAGUGCCCGACAGCCAGAUCCACGUCUGCUACUUCCGGCCAGGCACCGGGCUCGGCGUCUGGCUGACCACCGCGGACGUCCAGCAGCGGGAGGCGGCGCGCAGCGGGAAUGGCCGGGCGUGGGUGCCCGUCGAGGAGGACCACGGCUGCCAGUGCUCGCGCUGCGCGGCCGAGCGGCGCAAAGUGGCGUGGGCGGACUGCGUCGCGUCCAAGGACGACUCGCGCAGGCUCGCCCAGGACCCGGCGACGCCCACCACCAGCGCGGGUAGCUCGCCGCGGCCCUCGGGCAGCCCCUCGCCGGCCGAGGGCGCGGCCGCGGAGGCCCGCGAGGGCCGCGCGCCCGCCGCAGCCUGCCGGGUGCACGCGCGCGCCGGGCUGCGGGGCGUGGUCUCGGAGGCGGACGCGGAGCAGCUGUAUCGAAUAUGGCAGGCUUACCAGGACGACCUGUCGCACCCGUGGUACGAGGACAAGCCGACCUUCACGGACAGGGAGUUCAAGACCUUCAGAGCCAUCGCCCAGAAGGUGGUCCGUGCCAUGUCCGAGGCCUUCGGGGAGGACCUGGUGCUCGACCAGGCCACCGUCAGCAGGACCACCCACCACGGCCACCCGCCGCACGCGGACAACGUGCAGUUCGACUCGGUCUGGUGGGGCGGCAGGCAGAUCAAGCAGGUGGACGAGCUCACCGCCGCCAGGGCAGGAGCCAAGGUUUUGUGGAAGCAGUCCAAGACGCUGUACCGGAACUACAGCGCCACCGUUUCCCUCUGCGACCCGUCAGGGUACGACGGCGGAGACCUGGAGUUUUACGGGUCCUGGGGCGAGAGGGAGCCCCUCGAGAAGCACCGCCCCGCGCUCGGCGACGGCGUGGCCUUCUGCGGCUGCCAGCGGAACAUCCACGCGGUGACCGGCGUCAGGUGGGGCUUCCGCCUGGUCCUCCUCGUCUGGACGCGCUCCCCGGAUUCGGUGGUGCCAGAGGACAGACUAGGGGCCACAUGCGAACCCUACCCCUACCCCCCUACGAUUUCUGAGGGGGAGGGUGGGGCGGGGGUAGGGCUCGCAUGUGGCCCCCUAACAGAGACUGGCGGCGCGUCAGGGUGGGCCCUCGCUGGCGUGGCCCUCCUUGCGCAUGGCUGGAGAGAUCUGUGAGCCGCACGCGGGCAUGCAACCCAGGCCAGGACCGCUCCUGGGGCCAGGAUCGAACGCGCGCAGAUACCCCUUCCUGGCCUGGCC